AUGGCCCGCGAGGCGGAGGAAGAGGAGACCGCGGAGACGGCCGCGCGGCUGCCGCCCCUCUGGCUUCUCGGUCUGAUGGCGUGCUGGCUCCUCGGAGCAGUGGCCGACGCCGACUUCUCCAUCCUGGAUGAGGCGCAAGUGCUGGCCAGCCAGAUGCGGAGGCUGGCGGCCGAGGAGCUGGGAGUCGUCACCAUGCAGCGGAUAUUCAACUCCUUUGUUUAUACUGAGAAAAUCUCCAAUGGAGAAAGCGAAGUACAGCAGCUAGCCAAAAAAAUCCGUGAGAAGUUCAACCGAUACUUGGAUGUGGUCAAUCGGAAUAAGCAAGUUGUGGAAGCAUCAUACACAGCUCAUCUGACCUCCCCGCUAACUGCCAUUCAAGACUGCUGCACCAUUCCACCCUCCAUGAUGGAAUUUGAUGGGAACUUUAACACAAAUGUAUCCAGAACAAUUAGUUGUGAUCGACUUUCUACUACUGUUAAUAGCCGAGCCUUCAAUCCAGGACGAGAUUUAAAUUCAGUUCUUGCAGACAACCUGAAAUCCAAUCCUGGAAUUAAGUGGCAGUAUUUCAGUUCAGAAGAAGGAAUUUUCACGGUUUUCCCAGCUCACAAGUUCCGGUGUAAAGGCAGCUAUGAACAUCGCAGUAGACCCAUCUAUGUUUCUACCGUUCGGCCACAGUCUAAACACAUAGUUGUGAUCCUGGACCAUGGUGCUUCAGUCACAGACACCCAGCUCCAGAUCGCCAAGGAUGCUGCUCAGGUCAUCCUCAGUGCCAUCGAUGAACAUGAUAAGAUUUCUGUGUUGACUGUAGCAGACACCGUCCGGACUUGCUCACUAGACCAGUGCUAUAAGACCUUCCUGUCUCCCGCCACCAGUGAGACCAAAAGGAAGAUGUCCACGUUCGUUAGCAGUGUCAAGUCUUCAGACAACCCUACUCAGCAUGCAGUAGGAUUUCAAAAGGCAUUUCAGUUAAUCAGAAACACAAACAAUAACACAAGAUUCCAAGCAAAUACAGACAUGGUCAUCAUUUACCUGUCAGCUGGCAUUACAUCAAAGGACUCUUCCGAAGAAGAUAAAAAGGCAACUCUUCGUGUCAUCAAUGAAGAAAAUAGCUUUCUGAACAACUCCGUAAUGAUUCUCACCUAUGCCCUCAUGAACGAUGGAGUGACUGGUCUGAAAGAGCUGGCUUUUCUGAGGGACUUGGCUGAACAAAACUCUGGGAAGUACGGUGUGCCAGACAGGACAACCUUGCCCGUGAUUAAGGGCAGCAUGAUGGUGCUAAACCAGCUGAGCAACCUGGAGACCACAGUCGGCAGGUUCUAUACAAACCUUCCCAACCGGAUGAUUGAUGAGGCUGUCUUUAGCCUCCCCUUCUCUGAUGAGAUGGGAGAUGGUUUAAUCAUGACUGUGAGUAAGCCCUGUUAUUUUGGAAACCUACUCUUGGGAAUUGUAGGUGUGGACGUGAAUCUGGCUUAUAUUCUUGAAGACGUGACAUAUUACCAAGAUUCUUUGGCUUCCUACACUUUUCUCAUCGAUGACAAAGGGUAUACACUUAUGCAUCCAUCCCUUACAAGACCAUACUUGUUAUCAGAACCCCCGCUUCAUACUGACAUCAUACAUUAUGAAAAUAUCCCCAAAUUUGAAUUGGUUCGACAAAAUAUCCUAAGCCUCCCUCUGGGCAGCCAGAUUAUCGCAGUCCCUGUGAACUCCUCUCUUUCUUGGCACAUAAACAAGCUGAGGGAGACUGGAAAGGAAGCCUAUAAUGUCAGCUACGCCUGGAAGAUGGUACAAGACACUUCCUUUAUCCUGUGUAUUGUAGUAAUACAACCAGAAAUACCUGUCAGGCAGCUGAAGAACCUCAACACUGUACCAAGCAGCAAGUUGCUGUACCACCGUCUGGAUCUCCUUGGCCAGCCUAGUGCCUGCCUCCACUUCAAGCAACUGGCAACCCUAGAAAAUCCAACCGUCAUGCUGUCUGCUGGCAGCUUUUCCUCCCCGUACGAGCACCUCAGCCAGCCAGAGACAAAGCGCAUGGUAGAGCAUUACACAGCCUAUCUCAGUGACAACACCCGCCUCAUUGCUAACCCAGGGCUCAAAUUCUCGGUCAGAAAUGAAGUAAUGGCUACCAGCCACGUCACAGAUGAAUGGAUGACCCAAAUGGAAAUGAGUAGCCUGAACACUUACAUUGUCCGCCGUUACAUAGCAACACCCAAUGGUGUCCUCAGAAUUUAUCCCGGUUCCCUCAUGGACAAAGCAUUUGAUCCCACUAGGAGACAGUGGUAUCUUCAUGCAGUAGCUAACCCGGGGUUGAUUUCUUUGACUGGUCCUUACCUAGAUGUUGGAGGUGCUGGUUAUGUUGUGACCAUCAGCCACACAAUUCAUUCGUCCAGCACACAGCUAUCUUCUGGGCACACGGUGGCUGUGAUGGGCAUUGACUUCACACUUAGAUACUUCUACAAGGUUCUGAUGGACCUUUUACCAGUAUGUAACCAAGAUGGUGGCAACAAAAUAAGGUGCUUCAUCAUGGAGGACAGGGGUUACCUGGUGGCACACCCCACUCUCAUUGAUCCCAAAGGACAUGCCCCUGUGGAACAACAGCAUAUCACCCACAAGGAGCCUCUGGUAGCAAAUGACAUCCUAAACCAUCCCAACUUUGUGAAGAAGAACCUGUGUAACAGCUUCAGUGACCGGACAGUCCAGAGGUUUUAUAAAUUCAACACUAGCCUUGUGGGGGAUCUGACGAACCUUGUGCAUGGCAGCCACUGUUCUAAAUACAGACUGACGAGGAUCCCAGGGACCAAUGCCUUUGUUGGCAUUGUCAAUGAGACGUGCGACUCCCUCGCUUUCUGUGCUUGUAGCAUGGUGGACCGGCUCUGUCUCAACUGUCACCGAAUGGAACAAAAUGAAUGUGAAUGUCCUUGUGAGUGCCCACUAGAGGUCAAUGAGUGCACCGGCAACCUCACCAAUGCAGAGAACAGAAACCCAAGCUGUGAGGUCCACCAGGAGCCUGUGACGUACACAGCUAUUGAUCCUGGCCUGCAGGAUGCUCUGCACCAGUGUGUCAACAGCAGGUGCAGCCAGAGGAUUGAGAGUGGGGACUGCUUCGGUGUGCUCGACUGUGAAUGGUGUAUGGUGGACAGUGAUGGGAAGACUCACUUGGACAAAUCUUACUGUGCACCCCAGAAGGAAUGCUUUGGGGGGAUUGUGGGAGCCAAAAGUCCCUACGUUGACGACAUGGGAGCCAUAGGUGAUGAGGUGAUCACCUUAAACAUGAUCAAGAGUGCUCCCGUGGGACCUGUGGCCGGAGGGAUCAUGGGCUGCAUCAUGGUGCUAGUGCUGGCAGUAUAUGCCUACCGCCACCAGAUCCAUCGCCGAAGUCACCAACAUAUGUCUCCUCUUGCUGCCCAAGAAAUGUCAGUGCGUAUGUCCAACCUGGAGAAUGACAGAGAUGAAAGAGACGAGGACAGCCACGAAGACAGGGGCAUCAUCAGUAAUACCCGGUUCAUAGCCGCAGUCAUUGAACGGCACGCACACAGUCCAGAAAGGAGGCGGCGCUACUGGGGCCGGUCAGGAACAGAAAGUGAUCAUGGCUACAGUACGAUGAGCCCACAGGAGGACAGUGAGAAUCCUCCAUGCAACAAUGACCCUUUGUCAGCUGGGGUUGAUGUUGGAAACCAUGAGGAGGACUUGGACCUGGAUACCCCACCUCAGACGGCAGCUCUACUAAGCCACAAGUUCCACCACUACCGCUCACCCCACCCCACCCUUCACCACAGCCACCACUUACAGGCAGCUGUGACAGUACACAGCGUCGAUGCGGAGUGCUAACGAUCUCCUCACCUCCAUAAGAAGAUGGGAUCUGGGACAUACAGAAUGUCCUGGAAAGAAAAAGAGCCUAAAACCUGCAGGAAAAAUGCAGGCGAUCCCUGUGGUUUGUGCUUUGUCUAGAGUGGUCUCAUCCAUUUGCUGCAGGCUGACAUGUUUAAAAACAGAAACCACCACCAAAUCACGUUUGUGAGGACUGAUGCUGGCUUGGGAAUGGAGGGGAAAAGGAAGCCUGAUUAAUAGACCUGCCAUAACGCUAAUGGAAUGGAACAGAAGGCGAACCUCCAAACACAGAGACACGUGGGUAAAGGAAACGGAGCCAGAGGAAUGUUCUCAGGAGCCAGAAGCCUCUGGCUGUCCUUAACUGGAAAAGAGGAAAGACUACUCCUCCAGAGACAGGGGACGUGGCAUACUCAGGCACCCUACGUGUGCAUUGAAGAUUGUUCUUUGUUUCUUAGCGGUACCUAGACACCACGGUUGCUGUGUGGCACUCAAAUGUUAAGCUCUAAAUGAUGCAUCUCAAAAUUUCUAAGUAAAGGAUUAUUUUUCUACUAUUUAUUGAACUUUGAAACAUUCUCAGACUUUGGGGGAGAGAAAAAGGAAACACAGGAAAAAUUCUCAGCAGUUAGCCCUCCCUGAUACAUGUGUGAUGAUGUGAUUCUUUGACCAAGGAGUUCUAUUUCUUAUUUAACUGCUUAGCAUCCCACUGCCCCAAUGUGCACAAUG